AUGGAUCAGGGAAGCCACAGCCCCCAUCCAACGCUUCCCCCUACCGUCUUCUCCCUUUCCCCCUCUCUCUCGCCUCCUCCCCCUCUCCACUCCCUUCCAACCGCAACCCCCCCACCCCCUCUUCCUCUUCCCUUCCUCUCACGACCAUCUCCCUUUUUGCUCUGUUCUGUUGGCAGCUUCCUGCCCUCCUCACCCUCCUCAAUGGCUGUUCCCUCCGCCUUACCUUUCGUGCUUGUCCCCGUGUUCCCCUCUCCCUGCGCUCCUCUUUAUCUCUCAUUGUGCCCUUGCUCUUCCAGUGCCCUUGCUCUUCCAGUGCCCUUGCUCUUCCAGUGCCCUUGCUCUUCCAGUGCCCUUCCCCUGCUAGUGCUGUUGAUCUGCUCUCCACCAUCCUUUCACGCCCCUUUCUCUAUGCCCUGUCCUUCCAUUUCCUUCUUCCCCUCCUGCUCUCCUCACUCUCUCUCCCUUCCAGCACAGAUGCCCCAGCAGCAAAUGGCUCUGCUCAACGCCUUCCCUCCUUCGUCGCGCUUCCCCAUCCUCCUCGGCUGCAUGCCUGUCGCUGACAAGAAACGUCUUUCCAAGCUGUGGGACGAAUCUCUUGCUGCGUCCAACCCUGCCACUGCCACCCACACCACUCUGCAACAGGCUCGCACAAAGUACAAGCUCCCCUCCCUGCAGUAA